GAAGGCUGAAAGCAUCCAGAAUUCUGCUGGUGGACAGAUGUAAAGUGUGUUUCCCUGCUGUUAAACGUUUGUGGAGCGGUUGUGUUGUCCUAUUCCUCUUCUGUCUGACUUGCUUAUGUUUCCAAUGCUGAAUAAUUUAAGGUUUACCUGCCACUAAUGCAAAAAAAAAAAAGCGUGGGCUAGAGAUCAGGUGAGAUGCGACCUCCCUCCGUUACACCUUCACAGCGAAACAUGAGGAGUGAAAUCAAACACCUGCUUCACAACCGUCCUCUCUUCUUUCCUCUCCCGUGCAUGCAUUCACUAAACAUGAGGCUCUCGUUCUGUAGUGCACGAGCAUUUGCACUCGAUUUCUGUCGCUAAUGGGCUGCUUCCUCUGAAACAAACAGCAGUUUCUGCAGGAGCUUCAUGGCUGUUCGUGGCACCGCUCCUUCUUCAGAUUACUUCUCUUUUGAUAUCUCCCAGCCACCUGAAGAUCUACAGGGCUUUUAUAAAGGAAGCCAGCACAUGCUGAGCAGAUCAGGCUCGCAUUAUGGCCUGUCGGGAGGAGUCAGGAACGCUUGGGAUAAUAGAGCGACUACACCUGGUCCUCCUCCUCCUCCUCCUCCCUCGGCUCAUGAGAUCAGCCGCUUGUACAGGGAUUCUCUAUCCAUCAGGAUGAUCCCAGACAGCCAGCGUGUUCACAGUAGAGCCGCUUCGCCGGCUUGCAUCAGCGUUGAAUCCAGAUUUCCUGCAGAACUCUCCGUGUACAGCGACGCCAACGGCCUUCCUCUGGACUCCGGAUCCACCUGUAUAGUAGUGGAGCCGACAGCUUCAGUCAUGGAUGGGACUCUUCCUCGAGGGAACCCUGCGUACGGCUCUGUACCAACCCAAAGGAUGCCUUACGACCCUGCUUACGAUCCAGGCGCCGCUCACCACGACCCCAAGAGAACCGUGGAUCCCAGUUUCCUGUCUCUCCUGCGCUCCGAGGGUCUGUCGGAAAGCACUAUAACUCUUCUCCUACAGCAAGGGUUUGAUUCUACCUCCAUGCUUGCUAUGAUGGAAGACAACGACGUCCGCUCCGUCGCUCCCAAUUUGGGCCAAGCACGAGUGCUUUCUCGAGUGGUUCUCAAUUGCAAGACGGGGGCAGCCGGUGCGGGUUUGCGAGGUCGUUCUAACAGCUUCAGCCAUCGCAAUGAUCUCUACAUGCAGUCUCAGACGGUGGACGGAAACCUGAAUCAACAGCCUCCCAGCGCCCUGCAGUCCGUCUCUCCGAGAAUGGGAGAGUUUCUCGGUCGGCGGCCGAACAGCGCUCCAUCUCAGCAUCUCCUUGAAACCACCUCAUACCCCGGGGCUCGCUCGACUGGAGGUCUUCCGGUCAGUCCGGGGGGCUACGACUCUCAAACACGACCUUUGUUCAACGCCCACACCGGCCUAGCCAUGUCCGCUCAACAGCAACCCACGACUACUCCAGGAGUGCCACCCAAGACCUUCUCCACUACAUACAGCCCUAUGGAGCUGAUGAAGCGCCCUCCGCACCUUCCUCCUCUCUCUCCUCAUCACAGCCCUCAGUUAAUGCACAAGGGAGCAGCGCCUGUGGAGAGCUCCAUCCUUCCAGCAUCUUCAUCUCUACAGCUUCAGUCCCAGAACCCUAACAACAAACAAACCCGGAGAACCGGACCGCCGGUCAUUGUAUCCACCAUGGCUUCACCGGACACAAGUAUCAGGCCUCAGAUGAGUGUGAACGGCCCGAUGCAUCCUCGUCCUCUGGUGGCUCUGCUGGACGGUCGGGACUGUACUGUGGAGAUGCCCAUCCUCAAAGAUCUGGCCACCGUAGCCUUCUGUGACGCCCAGACCACUCAGGAGAUCCACGAGAAGGUGUUAAACGAGGCGAUCGGAGCUCUGAUGUAUCACAGCAUCACACUGACACGAGAAGAUCUGGAGAAGUUUAAAGCGCUCAGGAUCAUCAUCCGCAUGGGCAGCGGAUACGACAACAUCGACAUUAAAGCAGCCGGAGAGCUGGGGAUCGCGGUGUGUAACAUCCCGUCGGCGGCGGUGGAGGAGACGGCCGACUCGACGCUGUGUCACGUGUUGAAUCUGUACCGCAGGAACACGUGGCUGUACCAGGCUCUGCGGGAGGGCACACGUGUUCAGAGCGUGGAGCAGAUCCGGGAAGUGGCUUCAGGAGCCGCACGCAUCCGCGGAGAAACACUGGGACUCAUCGGCUUCGGUCGUUCGGGGCAGGCCGUGGCCGUCAGGGCUAAAGUGUUUGGCUUUAACGUGAUCUUCUACGACCCGUACCUUCAGGACGGUCUGGAGCGCUCGCUGGGUGUUCAGCGUGUUUACACUCUGCAGGAUCUGCUCUAUCAGAGCGACUGCGUCUCGCUGCACUGCAACCUGAACGAACACAACCAUCACCUCAUCAACGACUUCACCAUCAAACAGAUGCGUCAGGGGGCGUUCCUGGUGAACACGGCUCGAGGAGGUCUGGUGGAUGAGAAGGCUCUGGCUCAGGCGCUGAAGGAGGGCCGGAUACGAGGAGCAGCUCUCGACGUCCACGAAACCGAACCCUUCAGUUUUGCGCAGGGUCCUCUGAAAGAUGCUCCUAACCUGAUCUGUACGCCGCACACAGCCUGGUACAGCGAGCAGGCGUCUCUGGAGAUGAGAGAAGCAGCCGCUACAGAGAUUCGCAGAGCCAUCACAGGCCGGAUUCCUGACAGUCUGAGGAACUGUGUCAAUAAGGAGUUCUUUGUGUCAUCGGGUUCCUGGGGUCUGAUGGAGCAGCAGGUUCAUCCUGCGCUUAACGGCGCCACAUACAGCCAAGUCAACCAAUCCCUGCAGGCCAUCACGACUGGCUCCGCCCCCCAAGACAAAAUCAAUGCCUAAAGCAGAGCAGGUUCCCGUCAGGUCUGGCCUGAGUGGCAGCGGGUUUGGAGGGUCUGGUUCUGGUGACCCACUCACUGACCGCCAUAAACCACCCGUCCCAGACGCCAUCCCCAAACCAGCCCUCCAAUCACGGAGAGAGCAGCAAUAGCACACCCAACUAUUUCCUUUUUCCCGUUCUGGAGGAAGUGGAUGUUUUUGGUGUCUCCUCCACGGAAACACAGCACACUGAAUGGAGUUUGUUAGUUUGAUGUGUUUCUUCCCUCCGAUUCUCAUCUCUGUGAAUCCUUUAGAUAAAUCAGGUGAGGCCCGAAGCCACUCCCACUCAGCCAUCCAUCACGAUGAUUGACAGCUCAGCACUCUGCUCUGAUUGGCCAGCGUUCUCAGACUUCAGCCAAGGAAUGAAACACCAAAUGAUUUCUUUCUCUCGUGUGUUUUGUUUGACUAAAGAACAGUUCAAAUACACUUCUGUUUCUUUCUCGUACCAGAAGAUGACGUUUAGAUGGAGUUUCAUGUUUUAUAUUCAAUGAGUUUUUGGUUUUCACUUCAUUCCACUAUAUGACUCAGGAAAAUCUCACCUCCAUAAUUAUUUUUCCCACCAAAUCUUGUCCAUAUUUUCUCAUAUCUGCGUUGCAGUUUGGCUGGUGUUAGUACUUUUAUACAGCGAGGUGUCUCGAGAUCGUUAGGUUUGUGUGGUUUAGGUGAGUGUCCUGUCCUUGGUUUGUUCUUCUGAAGGUGUUUGUUUCUCAGAAAGCGAGAUGUGAUGCAGAAGCGGGAGGUUGUUUGUUUUAUUGUGAGUAUUUGUAUUCGUUUCUUUGUAGCAUCAGUGCAGAUCAAAUAAAACAUGCAGGUUCAGAACUCUUUCUCUGUUUUAUGGAUAUUGCAGUAAUGGAUUAUGACUCUUUAUAACACUGUUCAUUGCCCAACAGAUUUUACAAUUGUCCACUAUGCUUUACAUUUUUUAGAAUUAAUUCUAAGCUAUACAGUAAACUUCAUUACUGAUUAUGCACUGAAUACCAUUUAACUUUUUGUAUUUCUAAUACAGACAUUACACAUUUAGAAAUGCGUAACUGUCUGUGCUUUGCAAGUGCACUAGUGUUCUUUUCCAAACACAACUAAAUGUGCUGAAUCAUGUGUGCAUUGCUUUUUAUUAUUUGUUUAUUAUUACAUAUUGCAUAACUGUGACUCAUUCAGAAUCAACUCGACAGCCUUCAGUCCAAACCUCAGCACACACACACACACACACACACACACUGACCAGCAUCAGUGCCACAAAUUAAACACACUUUUAGAGGUUUCAGAGUCUGACUCAUAGCAAACAAAACUGUUAUAUCCUUGGUGAACAUAACAGCAUUCAGGCUUGGAAUGAAGUGAAGUUUUUAAGGCAACAGUUCACCCAAAACACACAUCGUAGAAACGCAAUACUGUGCUUUAUUUCUUUAACAUAACACUGAAUGGUACAUCUCACCCACACACACUGCGUUUUAGCUAUGCAUGAGCACAGACAGAAGUGCUGAAUGUUACAGGUGCAAUAAUAGAUUAUAAUAAUACUGUUUAUACAACUAAACAAAACUGAAUUCCAAUAAAACAUCUCAAAGGGUUUGCAUAAGGAGCUGGUGAGCUCAGUCAUGGCUUUUCUAUUCCAUUUGUGGCUUUUAGAAUCAAAUCACAGUUGAGAUUAUUUGUACCGCGCUCAGAAAUGAAACAUAGAGCUGCUCUCAGUAACAGACUGAUCUCAAAUCAGCAAGAGCAGCACAAGCACAAUCCAGAAAACUAGACGCAGAAGUGCAAUAAUCAUCACACAAACAGUCUUUGGCUUAAUAAUACAGGUUAUAAAAGACACAAGGUUAAAAAUGAGUGAGAACUUUUUUUUUUUUUUUUUUU